CCUUGGAAGGAGAGAACACUGUGAACAAGGCUAUAAGCAAACAGAAAAGGAAGCAGAAGACCUACCAUUCCAAUUUGGGACUUCAGUCACACUCAGCUGAACAAAAUGCAGACUUUCCAUGACAACUCUGAAGUAAUUCUUGCCAGGGGAGGGGGUAAACCCAGGAUUGAGUGGAUGGAGCAUACAGACAAAGAUCACCCAGAAAACAGCAAAUACUCCCAGACCCCAGUCCCAGACAGAAGCUGCAAUGCCAAGGAUUUCAGCAGCAUCUACAGUAAAGAUUUGCUUCCCCACCCUGAUGGGGAGAAGAUGACCAGAGGUUUCCUGCAGGAGCUGGUGAGCACUCUCCUGGCCUAUGUUACCAAGACUUUUGACCGGACAAGCAAAGUGCUGGACUUCCAUCACCCCCACCAGCUUAAGGAUGGCCUGGAGGGAUUCAGCCUGGAGCUUCCCGACCUGCCUGAAAACCUGGAGCAGAUCCUGGUCGACUGCAGUGACACCUUAAAAUACGGAGUCAAGACGGGGCAUCCACGAUUUUUUAAUCAGCUCUCCUCGGGCCUUGAUAUUAUUGGUCUGGCUGGUGAAUGGCUGACAUCGACUGCCAACACAAACAUGUUUACUUUUGAAAUAUCCCCAGUCUUUAUCCUCAUGGAGGAAACCGUUUUGAGGAAAAUGCAGGAGAAAGUGGGCUGGGCUGAUGAAGAAGGGGAUGGAAUCUUCUGUCCAGGUGGUUCCAUGUGCAACCUGUACAGUCUGUUGCUGGCCCGAUACAAUUUCUACCCUGAGGUGAAGACGGGAGGAAUGAGCGACCUUCCCAGACUGGCGUUAUUCACCUCUGAACACAGUCAUUAUUCCAUCCAGAAAGCCGCACAAGUCCUCGGCAUCGGGACCAAAAAUGUUUUUGUCGUGAAAUGCGAUGAAAGAGGAAAGAUGAUCCCUGUAGAACUGGAAUCAAGCAUAAUGCAGGCCAAAGCUGCAGGCUGCGUUCCAUUCUAUGCAAAUGCCACGGCAGGCACCACUGUGUAUGGGGCCUUCGACCCUCUGCCCGAAAUUGCUGAUAUCUGCAGCAAGCAUGGCCUGUGGAUGCACGUUGAUGCCGCCUGGGGGGGUGGCCUCCUCAUGUCCAAACGGCAUUGUGGUAAACUGCGCGGGAUCGAGCGGGCUUCAUCCGUUACCUGGAACCCUCACAAGAUGAUGGGGGUUCCACUGCAGUGUGCCGCCCUGCUGGUGAAAAAGAAGGGCCUCUUGCAGGAGUGUAACCAGCUGGGAGCGAAGUACCUCUUCCAGCCAGACAAGCAGUACGACGUCUCCUACGACACCGGAGACAAGAGCAUCCAGUGUGGCAGACACGUGGACGUCUUCAAGCUCUGGCUCAUGUGGAAAGCCAAGGGCUCUGAGGGAUUUGGGUCACAGGUCAACAGGUGUCUGGAAAACGCAGAGUACCUGUUCAAUCGCUUGAGUGAAAGGGCUGAUUUUGAGCUUGUGUAUAGAAGCAAGCCAGAACACAGCAAUGUGUGCUUCUGGUACAUUCCGCCCAGUCUGAGAGGGAUCCCUCCAGGCGCAGAGAGAGAGAGGAGGCUUCAUGAGGUUGCUCCAAAGAUAAAAGCCAAAAUGAUGGAGGAGGGAUCUGUAAUGAUUGGCUACCAGCCGACCAGUGAGAAGGUCAACUUCUUCAGAUGUGUGUUCUCCAACCCUGCCACCAGGAAGGAGGAUGUCGACUUCCUAUUGGAUGAGAUUGUUCGGCUGGGGUGUGACCUGUGAACUAUGUUAUCACGUAUGGCUGAUGGUGUUUGAAUAUAAAGAGAGUAGAUUGUUAUAAUUUGCAUGACAAUCAGCUGAACACAGAAAUAUUUGUACAAUUUACAGCAAGUUUGUUCAGCAACUCAGUCAAACAAAUCAUUAAUAAUUAAUAAAUAAUCAUAGUUAAAUUGAAUCCAUCUCCCAAAGCCUGCAAGAAUCCACUGUGGAUUCAUGUUUCACUAAAUUUAUCAGGGUUUUAAUAUUGUCUGAGAUACGUAAUAGUAUAAAAUUAAUUAUAUGUAAUCUCUGGCAGUACAUUAAGGAAAAAUAGAAUACAAAUAGAGAUAAUAGCAAUGUUUUAAGGGGAAAUAGACUAUAAAGAGGUAAUGCAAAUGCAUUAACUGGGAAUAGAAUAUAAAUAAUGCAGUACUUUAAAGAGGAAUAAAAUAUAAAUAGUGAUAGAAUACUUUGAUUUCUAAAGGUGGAAAAUAUUUUAUUUUUAUAUCAAGAUCAGCCUUGUUUCUCAUUAGCCUGCAUUAACUGCAUUAGCCUGGUCAUGUCAUUAUUGUUCACUGUACUCAUGUACUGAAGUGGUUGCUGUGUAUUUAAACGUAUUUUCUCUAUCUUUUAAUAAAGAA